AUGGAAGCUUUACUUUCUCUAUCUUUCGAUAAUCUCUCUUCCUAUGAUGCAUCAAAGAUUCGAAAAGGUCUCCGACAGGUCGAAGGACUUUUAGCCCAAAUUUGUCUAUCCAAUUCUCCAAAGUCCAAUGCCGAUAAGCGCCGUUCAAUUGUUGAUCCGGGAAAAGAACCACCUCCACGAAAGCCUCUCAAUGAACUACCUAAUGAUGCUGCAUUUCGAGAAUUCUUUAGAUUACAAGAGGGAUUUGAAUGGAAUGUUGCUAUGCGAUUGGUUACAUGUUUGGAUAGAUUGAUGGGGAAGAGUAAUGAUGGACAGAGUGAUAUGUUGAUAAUUCAAACAUUGGAAUUGAUACAAGGGGUUCUUUUGUUACAUCCUCCUUCUAGGAGUUUGUUUUCCAGAGAAUUAUAUAUGAAUCACCUCCUUGAUCUCCUUGAACCAGUCAAUUGUCCCGCAAUCCAAUCCGCAACCCUUCUCACACUCGUCUGUUCACUUAUCGAGACACCUAAAAAUACUCGCACAUUCGAAACCCUCGACGGUCUUUUAACAAUAACCUCAAUCUUCAAAUCUCGAGAAACAAGUCGCGAAGUAAAGCUUAAGCUAGUUGAAUUCCUAUACUUCUACCUAAUGCCCGAAACCCCUUCAAUACCAUCAGCAGCCGCAUCAAAUUCGUUAGCAUUAUUGCAACGCAGUCCAAGUAAGCUUCCUGGCGUAUUCAAUAGUCGAGAAGAGGCAGGAAGGAGAAGAGCACAAAGUGAGAGUGAACAAACCAAAACUUUAGAGGAGAAACAGGAACUCUUGGGAAGAUAUCUUCAUAAUGUUGAUGAUUUGGUGGCGGAUCUUCGGGAGAGUCAUCCAUUUGGAGGAAGUGUCGGGAGUUAA